AUGCCUCUCCUCAACACCUUCCAAGCUGCCACGGCUAUGUCUGCAGCUAUUAUCCAACCAACUUUCGCCACAACCAAUCCCAUCCAAAAUCUUGUCCUGGCUGAUUGUGGUAUUGGCACCAAUCCUUUGAACGAGACUUGGUCCACCUCUCGACAAAUGAACUGGUAUCAAGGCUCUAUCUGGUCUUCGUCCGCCGAUUUGAGCCCUACGUCUCCUGACCUCGUUGUUGAGAUGCCCUAUGGCGACGGUAGGUACCCCUGGAGCUUUCAUGGCGCCUCUGCCACAUUCUCCAACGGCGAUACUUGGUCUGCAUGGAUUGAGGAUGGCACACCAGAGCCCCUGCGUGCCGGCAAAGCCAUGGGCACGAAGGAUGGUGGCACAACUCUCUGGUGCUACACCUACCGUGGACGGCCUGUCGGUGUCACCCCCUCCGGCAACACAACUUGCGUCUCGGCUUUCGUCUGCAAUCACCGAGAGGAUGGCCCGACCCCUUGGGUCACGGGUGCUUCGCCUUCCAAUGGCACCGCCGCAAUUACUCCACCGACAGACACUUCCUUCGGAGGCAUACUGAGUGUUAAAACAGAGGCCAGUCCUCGUCGCGGUGUGUGGAGUGGAACCAUCAGCCACUUCCUGAGCAGCAUUAUCUUCACCAGUGAGGGCAUCUGCAGCCCUAACCCCUUUGCCAAUGGCCUGAAUUCGUCAGUCAUAACCCGAUGUCAAGGAUCAUACAACACUCCACUUAAUAUUCUACCGGUCCUUUUCAACGCUUUUAAGAAUCUCGGCUCGUUACCUGGCCCCGACGGCUUGUUUGUGCACAACCACGGAGCAGCUCCCUUCGCUAACGAUACCUCUGACGAUACAGUCACCCUUCCCGUGACCUUCAACCUUACGGUAUCUGACACAAUCACUGGAGAGGUCAAGGGAUACAUGGGCUACGAGAUGAAGUGGCCAGAAACGGCAAUCGGUAUCCAUUGCAACGAAUGCAAUACCACCAAGUUCAAUGAAAACUACAACGCAGCCAUAGCAUCAGCCUUCCAGGCCCUUCAUCCCAUUUACUCUCAAGUUGUCAUCGAGAGUAAAUGUACACUUGAUGUUUUAUGCUGGUAG